AUGCAUGAUCGAUUACCAGCGCUCCAGAUCGGCUAUCACAAGCAAAACAUCAAUGUCAUUGGAAUCAUGGCGUUUUCAUUCGUCAACUACGAUGGUCCAAAGCUGCCCAAGGACCCUGGUGUCCGCAAGCUCAUUCGAAAACAGGCCAUGAGAGAUGUCGCGGUGGACAGAAGAACGAGGGGCGGCUACGGACAGCACAAUCUGAGGCAAUACCCAGACUUUUCUAGCAAUGAAGAUUUGUCACUUCGUGAAAAGAAAGCUCUGGAUGAUACGAGACGAAGUUCGCCAGAAAAAUGGUCGCCAGACCGAGACCCGAUCACAUCCCUGCAGAAAGUGAUGGUGCGCUCCAUACACACUCGUUCUCAUGCAUACACCUCCCCUGUCUCAAUAGCAUACCCUGACCAUGCCACGACCGAAAAGUUCGCUCUUCUGCUGAACCUCGCACCACUCACAGGCUUGCGUCUCGGCAUCGCCAAAUUCUCGCCUCUGAAGUCGGAACUCGUCAAUGCCUCCGCCUCGCAACUAGGAAGCCGAAAGCUAGCCUACUUCAUCACAACCCGAUACGCGCAGGUGCCGACGCUGCGAUAUGCUACCGACUGCGUCAUUGCGAAGCUACGGCAGAUACUGCGGCCAUCGGACAGUUCGUCGCCGGAGGGGGAGCACGCGAUCUUGGUCCAGUACACCAAGGCGCUGAGGUCACUGCACAAGGCUCUGGACGAUGAGGCGCAGAGGGUGACAGCCGAGACGCUCUGCGCAACAGAACUCUUAGGAAUUUUCGAGUUGCUUGAUGGGAACCUAGAAUCUCACGCCUCAAUGCGUCAUGCCGGCGGCGCUGCCCAGCUCAUACAAAUACGUGGGGCCCAAAGAUUCAACACUGAGUUUGAAAUGGCACUUUUUAUGUCUCACGUUGGGCCAGCCGUAAUGGAGGCGCUUCUCAGCAACAAGUCAUGCUUCCUAGCAGAAGAAGCAUGGAAACAAGUCAUGAGCUCUGUCAUUCACUGCGACGACUCGUUGUCCGAUCAAAAGGACCUUGCCAUUGCCCUGUGGAGCCAUCUCGUCAACGGCCCCAGGCGGUUUAAGGAGGUGACGGACGCCAUUUCAUCAGCCACUCCGCCUUCCCAGGACGAGAUUGAUGGAAUUAUCAGACGCUUGCAAUCUGAUCGAGACAGUCUACUAGACUGGCUGAUCAUGGCAAGUACACUACCAGAACUGCAGGGCAUGCAGCUAGAAGCGGACCAAUACGGCGUCGUGUUUCCACGACACUCGUGGAAAAGCAACCCUAACCACAACUCUCGGCUCGCGCUAUGGGGGACAUAUGUCAUGUGCCGCAUCCUUAAGUCGCGCUUACUGGUCGCCAUGGCACCGCGCCGAUUCAGCACCUUGGAGGUUGAGUGCCAACAUCUG